CAUAACGUGGUUAUGGAGGAGCUCACCGAUCAGAAGACCAUGACACAUGAUAAGGUAAAUAUUGGAAAGACUGGUGCCGUAAGUACACAUCACGAGACACGACUCCGGAUAUGGGCGAGUGAGAGACGUAAGGUUCUGCAAUUGCAGUUAGAUUAUCACCCUGGUAUUGUUACUCAAAGAGCAGCAGAAACGUUUCUCGCGGACUACCAAGAGGUCGUACAUUUUGUCGUACACAGUCCAAAAACUCCAGUGAAGAACAUUGCUCAUGCAGUGUCGUUACAUUCUGUGACAACACCAUCAGCAACAGUGGACUCGAAACUGUCCACUUUAUCACACGGGAUCUCGGAGUCGACGCAGGAAAUCCUUUUCGGGGAAGAAAAUACGGAUGAAAACAACACGUUGAACGAAAAUGGAUAUUCUCUGGACAGCAGCCUUUCAUUCCUUACUGUGGGUUCCUCGUAUGAGAUGAAAAUAGGUGACGGAUGUUGUGCGUCAUCUUGGGAAGACGCUCUUCUGCGCAUGACCCUGCUUAACGGAAGGCCGGGUUGCCUGGAGUGGGGCCUCGACGAGUCUGGAUCUGUGGGGAAGAUGGCCGUGUCCCAAAUCAAGAGAGUCAGUCGUCGCUCUAAAGGAAACAUUCAUAAACUGGAAAUCAAAUCCUCAAACAAAACUCUCAAGUUCAGGACAAGGGACGAGACCUUGGUAGACAGAUGGAGCAAUGCACUGGAUCGAGUGACGAGAUCCAGAGAACAUCAACAGACCUACGUGAAUCGCGGGGCCGAGUUUGAGACAGACACACUCACAACGCAUAUGUAAGGUUACUGGCUGCGAUGAACGUGGAUCUUGUGUUACUUGUUCCGUUAUAUUCCCUAUGUCAGAAUUGUGGAAACACUAUGGCGUGAUUCUUUCUGACUGAAAUGUUACCGAUUUUACAGAACAAACAGACAUAUACAUUGGUUCAAGCCUCUGCUGAUUUUCACAUAAGUAGCUAAAUUAAGCAAAAAUCCUGGAAUAAUGAAGUUUUCCAGGUAAAUUUGGAUUCGGUAUUGUUUUUAAUAGGAAGAUGGAGAAACUCUGAUGAAACUAUGAAUGUAUUAGUAGAACAGUUCAUGAUAUGCGAGAACAAUAUUUUCAUAUAACAUUAUUAUGUUCAUUUUACAGACCCUAAUUUCUUUUGAAAAUGAGGAAAUUUUUACUUUUUGUACAUUUGCAAAAAUGUGUGAACCAAUGUCUUUCUUUGCUGGAAGCAAUUUUUAAACAUUAUCCUUUGGAAUUGUUUUAUUACUUCACGUAAGUCAUGGUGUUUUAUUUUUUUACUCCAGCUUGCGCUGCUGUUCCACAUUUGUGGUAAAUGUAGAGUAUGUAUCUUUUACACUUGAAUGAAAAGAGCAUAUGAAGAACACAAGUAAACUUGAACCAUGUGUGUUUUACGUGGAAAAUAGAUCAUCUCAAGUGAACCAUAAAGUGCGAAAAUGUAGACAUAAUGUUUUAAGAUUACAUGACCUAUUGUAUUGUCGUAUAACCACUGAACUGAACGUGAUAAUGUAUGAAUAAUAUAAUCAGAUAUUAUCAAAAGUAUUUUGGACCGAAUGUACUCUUUUAUAACGACCUUCAAGUGUGAUAUAUUGAACCGGAAGAUAACAUGUCCAACUUUAUUUUAUAUUGAAAUAUAUAAUAUACAAGUAUAUUAAGAAAUCAUGUAAAAUUGUGGAAGCGGUUGAUGACCAUAUACGGUUAUGCAAAAAAUUUUCAACGGAAGCAACGUGUUGCUGACCACUGUGACUGUUCCCCGGAAAGAAUGUUUGUCAAAUGCCUGUGAUUGACGUACUAAAAUAUUUGUGUUGUGCCACAUAUAUAGAUACAUCUGCUGAUUGUUCCUUUUUUAUAACAAGGUAUUUUUAUAACGAAGGUGUACUCCUUUAGCCAGAAUAAACCAAUGUAAA